AUGUUCAGUCUAGAUGUCGACUGGUUGGGACUGGCUAUGCCAUUCGCAUACCUGGCCGUUCUCGUUGGUUCAUUGACCACCUUCUCCAACGUGUAUAGAAAGAGAAAAGCAGCUGCUUCUGCAACUCUGGCGCCGUGGUUCCCACCACACAUGCAACGCAAUAUCUAUCUAUCUCUGCUGCAUCUGGAGCCCGAGGAAGGCAAUGAGAAGGCGCCUAAAGUUCCAGAGAGUGUCUUACGUUCUGCCCUUCUGGAACGCGCUGUCGAGGAUAUCCAAAGAAUCAUACAAAUCAGGACCGCAAAGCAGGCAUGCAGUACACUUCUGCAACGUGGCAGUGUCGGGGAUGAUCUUUGGCAGCGAUUCUUGAGGGCUGAGAAGGAGAUGGAAGAGGAGCUCAGAGAUGUGGUGUUGGAGGCCAACGGUCUCUCCCCAAACUGGGGUCAAUCUAUCUUCCAAUCUGCAAAUGAAGUUGCCGCCAAUACGAUUUUCCGAACCCGAUUAGCCGAGAUUGAGGCCCAGACAGAAUCCGAGAAGCAGUGGUGGGAGAAGCGACGAGCGUCCAUUCAAGCAGAGUUCAUGAAGGAGAUAGACGCCCCUUCCUCACGUGCCACCAAGACUCCAGGAAGCAAGGUUGGAAGCGAUGAUGAUACAGUUCUGGUAGAGGGUGAUGGUCCAACCGUAAACGACAAAGGAAGUAUGAGAAAGAAGAAGGGAAAGAAAUAG